AUCGCCUCAGCCAUUGAAGAUAACAACAUCACACCACCCGCUGUUUUGCGCGUCACAAACCGUUCCCCCCCUCACGGCCAAUUGAGGUGCGAACUGCCCCCACCUCCACCGCAUUUCCAUCUUCAAUUCCCAUACCAGCGACAAGCAAACACGAUCAGUUGCUCCUUGGCCGAUAGGAGUAUGUCGACGCCCAACCGGGACCCGCCGGUCACCUCCCCCCCUUCAACGGCUAUAUCUUCUCGCUCCAGCAUGGACUCACAGUCCCAAUCUCCCUCUACCUCUGCCAGAACACCAUCCCUCCGCAUCACGUCUAUGCCCAGUGCGGCCGCUCAUCACCGCCAAAGUUUCCACGAGCUACGAGGCCAUCCCCCUUCUCCUCGAUCACAAAGACAGCCCUCCCUAUCCCAUCUCGCCGUGCAAGAUUUGAUCGAUAACCCACCUAUGAGGAACCCAGACCCCCGCUUCGCAGGCAGGAAUUGGACUGAAGUGAAGGUCAAAGAGCUGGUCAAUCCUGACGAUCUGAGGUUUGUGGACAAUGACACCCCUGUAGAGUCGGCUACCAAUCUCCUCAUUGAGUCAGGCGCUCCCGUGGUUCUUGUCCGCGAAAAGCCAGGCUCCCCAGUCAUCGGCACGUUUGACCACCGCGACCUCAAUGCCUACUUGUUACUAGUAGUCGGGCUUUCCCACCCCGAUGACGAUGAACAUGCUGAAGACUUCAUGGAAUUGGCCCAGCGGGCAAGGGAAGGCAAACGCAUCCACUUGGGCGAGAUCCAAGACUUGAGCAAAAAGGAGCCCUUGACUUUCCUUGAUGGGAAUGCCGAUUUGCUCAAGGCUAUUGAGACGUUUGGGAGAGGAGUGCAUCGAGUGGUUGUGACGGACGAGACGACAAAAGAAGCCACGGGUGUGCUCAGCCAGAGCCGUCUGAUCAGAUUCCUGUGGGAGAAUGGCCGGAGCUUUCCUAUGUUGGACCAAAUAUACCUCCAAAAUCUUCGCGAUUUGAGGAUAGGGUCCAAGGAUGUGGUUGCCAUCAAUGGCGACCGCCCCCUCUUCGAGGCCCUGACACUCCUCCUCAACGAAGGCGUCUCGUCCCUUGCCGUCGUCGACCACAACUACAACGUGAUUGGGAACAUCUCCAACGUCGACGUCAAACUCCUCACAAAGUCCACUUCUCUGCCGCUCCUGCGCAACACAUGUAUCCAUUUCAUCACAGUCAUUCUCUCCACCCGCGGGAUGUACGAGGGCAAAGACUCAUUCCCCGUCUUUCACGUCACUCCGCUCUCGACACUCGCGCACACAGUCGCAAAGCUGGUCGCGACCAAGUCGCACAGAAUGUGGAUCACCGAACCCGUCUCUCCGAGCUCCUCCGGUCCUCCCACGCCAUUGCUACAUAGCGCAACCCUGGCUCCGACGUCCAGCCACUCCUCCACCCUCUCGCUAAAUAGCGGGGGAAGUCACCAUAUCACACCACCUGUCGCCAUGCCCACUCCGGCGUCCGACCCGUUCUCGCCAUCUUCGGGGACGGUCGUCGACAGUUCGCCAAAACCACCAUUCAUCGCGCCCACGGGACCCUCGAUCUCCGCAUCUUCGCUUCCGGGAGCGCGGAUUUCAGGCCGUCUUGUCGGCGUGGUUUCCCUCACCGACAUUCUGAUCUUGUUCGCCCGUGCCGGUGGCGUCGCCGACGUCGCCGAUCCAAACGAGAUCAGGAUGCGACGGAGACGAAGCAGCUCAAGUAGCGUCAGGAGGAGUUUUGAUCUGGGCCAACGGCCAAGCGUCAGCAGUAACGGUGGAAGCGGGCUGAGGCCGAGCGGAGAGUUGAGUCGGAAGAGUAGCACGGCGAAUCGCUGACUGCAGAGAGAGACGCGGACAAAAGCAAGCAAGGUCGAGCAACGAAUCUUCCAACGAGACCGAGUGGGAGCGUCCUGCCAGCUGACUCAACGCUGAGAGCAGAGUCUUCCUCACUCUCUUGAGAUGGCACAGAAAGGCACAUUGUUUGGGCCUGUCGAGCCCCGAAAUCCAGGAAGGAGAAGCUCACCGACGACGCGAUAUCGACGACUUAGACGGCUUGGAGUAAUGACACACGACGGAAUUCUGGAUGACAGAGCACGAUGACUGACCGCACGCGGUGCGGACGAAGGGUGAAAAGGGCUCUUCGUCCCGCUGCCUCAUUGUCUCCCUACCCUACCCUCUCUUCCCCCGCGACCAGCGACCAGCGACCAGCGACCAGGUGAUAUAUCGGGUUGCGUGCAAAACGGGGGACGUAGUUCCCAUCUUUUGCCAAAGACCAGGUGUAUCUCCUCACCUGCCCACCAUCUACGCCGUCGCGCACCGGUCUUGGAAUCAUGCAAAAUGAGAUAGAAUUCUUUCCCCUCCGUGGGCCCUCCUGUAAUGGGCUUGGAGACAACCUACAUACAUGCUUAGUAGUAGGCAGAUAGAAUCGAGACAAAUAAUCCAUGCGGUCAGCUCAAUACGGAGCAAAAUAGAUAGCUACCUAUCUAGGUACCUUCGGUCCGCACACUGUUGAC